GAACUCCCACCCUCUUUCCACCCGUUUACUUUUAUAAAACUUCCCAGUCGUUCGCUGCUCUUGUGUUUGUCUUGAGACGAUCUGUCAGCAUGUGGACGGCUCUUACGAACUUAGAUCUGGCCGCUGUAUGCCUGGCUCUGAUUCUGGGCAUGAUCUUUAUGGUUCUGUUUGAGAUCUUCAGGAUCAUUUCACGCAGUAAUCAAAUCCCACCUGGUCCCAAACCUCUGCCUUUUUUGGGAGUGUUACCACAGCUUAUAAAGAAGCCGAUGGAGUUCAUAAGAUCGGUGUCUCAAUAUGGCGAGAUGUCUACUUUGUAUAUCGGAAGGAAGCCGACAAUAGUCCUAAAUACAAUCGAAGUCAUUAAGGAAGCAUUGGUUCAGGAGGCUUUUUCUGGAAGACCAUCUAUGCCUCUUAUAGACUGGAUAACUAAUGGACUUGGUAUUAUAGUAGCUAAGUUUGGUCACUCCUGGAGGCAGCAGAGACGUUUUGCUCUGCACACGCUCAGGAAUUUUGGCCUGGGGAAGAAAUCAGUAGAAGAUCGCGUGUUAGAAGAAAGCCGCUAUCUGAUUGCUGAAAUGCUUGAAGCAGAAGGCAAGUCUAUGAACCCCCAUCAUGCCAUACAGAAUGCAGUUUCUAACAUUACCUGUUCCAUCGUGUUUGGAGAUCGCUUCGACUAUGAUAACAAACGCUUUUCAUACCUUCUGAAAAUCUUGAAUGAAAACUUUGUGCUCGCUGGGUCGGCUGCAGGACAGAUUUUCAACUUAGCCCCCGUCAUCAAGCAUUUCCCUGGCCCGCACCAGAAGGUCAUGCAGAACUUCACAGAGUUAUUGGGUUUCAUCCGAGAUGAAAUAAAAGAACACAAGGAAACUCUGGAUCCAGACAGCCCUCGAGACUUCAUUGAUGCCUACCUGCUGGAGAUCGAGAAACAAAAGUCCAACGAGGACUCCACGUUUCAUGAGGAGAACAUGGUCAUGUCAACAGCUGACCUGUUUGUGGCUGGAACCGACACCACAUCGACCACCAUCAGAUGGGGACUCAUCUUCUUGAUUCAAAACCCAGAUGUACAAGAGCGAUGUCACGAGGAGAUUGUUGGUGUUCUGGGAUACGACCGUCUGCCCAGCAUGGAUGACCGUGAACGACUACCGUACACAUACGCCACUGUCCACGAGAUUCAGCGUUGUGCCAACAUUGUACCUUUAGGAGUCGUUCAUGAAACCACUCAGCCCACAAAACUACGAGGAUACGACAUUCCCCAGGGAACUAUGAUCAUGACAAACCUAGAUGCAAUUUUUAGCAAUAAGGAGCACUGGAAGCAUCCAGACGCCUUUAACCCGGAGAAUUUCUUGGAUGAGAACGGCAGCUUCUUCAAACCAGAGUCUUUCAUCCCCUUCUCACUCGGUCCGAGGGUCUGUCUCGGGGAGACUCUGGCGAGGACGGAGCUCUUCUUGUACAUCACCUGUCUCCUACAGAGGAUUCAUUUCUCCUGGCCGCCCGAGCCGCAGUCCAUCGACAUGGAUGGGAUCAUUGGUAUCGUACGCUAUCCUCAAAACUUCAACAUCGUCUGCCGUAGCAGAGAUACCAAAGAGUGACCAUCAGUAACCCCAAACCCAUAGACAUCUUCAUGUCAACAACAAAGCUGCUGAAACACACAAAACCAUCUUGGCUCAUCUAAUUCAUUGUGUAUAAUCUGUUAUAUAGAACAUUAUAUACAUUAACUGUUUGAUUACAGUAACAAAAAUUAUUUAUUACCAGUUGUUACGGCAUCAGUAGACGCUGAUGCAUUUUAAUAGUUAUAAACAUUUAAGCAUAGCUAUAAUUGUGUUUAUGCGAUCAAAAAUUAACCGGUUGAUCACACAUUUUAUUAGAAUCACUGUAGUAUGAAUUGUAUGUUAUUGUGUAGUACAUGUAUACACAUACGUAUAUGAUUUGUAUAGUGAAGUGUUGCUUAAAUUGAAAAACUGUUAUCAAACUGUUCUCGAACUUCUGAUUUUGUUUACUAAACUGGCAUAACUAUAGUCUUCUACUGCAACUUGUUUGCAGUGAGCGAACUUCAUUUAGCUCUAUUCAUUACAGGGCCAUGCUCAGACAUUUUGAGGGGCAGUGGACCAAACCAAGAAAAAGGGGAUGGUUGUUACAAAUAUACAUUAACAGUCAAACAUUUUUGAACAGUAUUAUUUCUGUUAUACAUAAAGUGAGCAUUUGAUAAAGUGAGCUCUCCCUCAGUCUCCAAGUCUGCUUCUGCCUCAUCUUCAAUGGAAGUACAAGUAUUUGCUCAGAAAUAUUUGUUGUUUGACUGGUAAUGUAUAUUUGUAACAACUUAACUAUUAACUCUAAUUUGUAUUAACAAGCACCCACCGACUUAGAGCAUCUUUUUCUCACAAUGUCUAUUUUCUAUCAUCACUAAUGGUCUAAAUAGGAUGUCUUGUAUCAACAGGGUUUUGAGGAGUCACAGAAUCCGUACCACCUCCUCACCUGGUAACAGACAUUAAAACAGUCGCACUAGUCACAGCAACUCACAGCAAAAUUUAGUAGAUGUACAUGGAGCAGGCCAUGAAUGCUGCUGCACAAAUAAUGCAUAAUGCCCUUACUGGACAUAGGGUGUCCAAGUCUCCUUGUUCUGCCUUUGAAGAAGGAAGCUUAAAGUGAACCAUGAACCACGGUAUUUGAUUCUUAAACAGGGGAUUAAUUACUUUUGACAGAUUAAUUACUUUUCUCACAGAAAGUUUGGCAGGGUUUGGCCAAAGUCUUUGGGAAAAUUUAAUUCUAAAGCUUUUUGUUGGCUAUGGAAAGACGAGGCUUGCCAGUUUCAAAGCACCGUUUGUCACACUGGUUGGUUGACGUAUCUCCCAUGGUUAUACAGUAAGAGAGUUGCCAGUUCCUGUACGAAUACAAGCCCACUCCACCAGAAGUGUCACUACUUCAUGGGCUGCCUUUUAGGAGUGACACCCUAUGGUGGAAAAUUAAUUUAGACUUAUGAGAGAGGGAUAGCUGGGGGACCCACAGGGGUCUGUACUUGGCCUAAGAGGUCAUGAGGAUCCAUGGUACUUUUUUUUUGUCUCUUUUCAUGUAUGUAAAAGUACAGCCGUUAAGAAUGGUAACCUUGAGGGGUAAGGCAUGGUAUAAAAGGCAGGACCGCCCUGUUGUCUUUGUCACACUCUGCAGCAAACUACGUUUCUGUUUCACUCUCUGACCUUUGCAAAGAAUAAAAUCUUUAAAGACCA